CUUGACAAGGCCAUGCAUAUACAGCUCCACUGCAGACCAGCGUAGGGCCGAGUAUGCAGACUUUUGCUCAAUCGAUGAGAGGAAGCUUCCAAAAAUAUUGCACCAGAGCAUUGCUUUUACAAGUUACAUCACGCUACUUGUUUAUAACAGUUAUUAACAAAGAACAGGCUGGUCGUGAAGCGGUGCUGCUAGGAUUUGGGCUGGACUUCCCCAAUCGCGACGCAUGUGCACUUCUCCCUACACCAUACACAACUCGCUCUUUUUCAUCGGGCUACCAAGUACGCCCGUUUAAAGCGUAGUAAUCCCACUGAUUGUGGGGCCCUGAUUAAGACGAAGAGCGGCGGCGCUUUCUGGGAGGCCAACCUUCACGUCUGGCAACAAUGCAUACAAUCCAAGCCCCUCCGGGGCACCCCGGUCAACCAGCAGCGCUGAUCGCUGCUGCUUUCCUGGAGCAGCCCCUGACCAUCGACGCCCCGGACCCGGAUCUGACGGCGCCGGUGCUGAAGGCGGGCGACCACGCGGUGCACGGCAGCGGCGAGGCGCUGCGCUACCUGGCCAGCCACAACGCGGCCGGCAGCAAGCUGUACCCGGCUGAGCUCAAGGCCUCCAUUGACAAGUGGCUGGAGCUGGGUGCGGUGUUGGAGGCGGCGGCCCUGGCCUGGGUGGAGCCCUUCGCGAGCAAGGCCGACGACGAGGCCCGCGCCUCCUCCCGCGCCGCCGCCACCACCGCUCUGGAGCAGCUGCAGGUGGACCUGCUGGACGGCAAGAAGUACCUGGUGGGUGACUCGCUGACCCUGGCUGACGUGGCGGUGGCGGCCGCCCUGACGCCGCUGUUCGAGUCGGCGCUGGGCCGGGGGCUGCAGGCCCAGCUGGCGGCCGUGCUGGGCUGGCUGGCGGGCUGCCAGGCGCUGCCCCAGUUCCAGAAGGGGCUGGGCACGCCCGGCCUGUGCGCCGCUGAGGGCGAGUGGGUGGAGCCCAAGAAGGACGCCGGCAAGGAGGGCGGCAAGAAGAAGAAGGGCAAGGGCGGCGCCGCGCCUGCUGCUGCCGGCGACGCCAGCGGCUCCACGCCUGCCACCCCCGCCGCCACGGAGCCCCUGGACCCGGAGAAGGCCGCGAAGAAGGCCGCCAAGGACGCAGAGAAGGCUGCCAAGAUGGCCAAGUUCGCGGCCAAGCAGGCCGCGGCGGAGGCCGCCAAGGCCGUCAAGCCCGCCGACACGGCCGCAGAGGACAAGAAGGCCAAGGAGAAGGCGGAGGCGGAGGCAAAGAAGAAAGCCGAUGCUGAGGAGGUGGCUGCGCUCAUCGAGGCCGCCCGCGCCACCCCCAAGGGCGCCAAGAAGGAGCUGCCGGGCGCCAUGUACAAGGCCUACCACCCCCGUGCCGUGGAGGCGGGCUGGUACGAGUGGUGGGAGGAGUGCGGCUUCUUCAAGCCCGACCUGCAGUCCGACAAGCCGCCCUUCGUCAUCGUCAUCCCGCCGCCCAACGUCACGGGCGCCCUGCACAUCGGCCACGCCCUCACCAACUCCAUCCAGGACACCAUCACCCGCUGGCGGCGCAUGAGCGGCUACAACGCGGUGUGGGUGCCCGGCACCGACCACGCCGGCAUCGCUACGCAGACGGUGGUGGAGAAGAAGCUGCAGCGCGAGAAGGGCGUCACACGCCACGACCUGGGCCGCGACGCCUUCCUGGGCCAGGUGUGGGAGUGGGUGGACCAGUACGGGCACCGCAUCCACGACCAGCUGCGGCGCCUGGGCAGCUCCGUGGACUGGAGCCGCUCCGUGUUCACCAUGGACGACAAGCUCAGCCGCGCUGUGCUGGAGGCGUUUGUUCGCAUGUACGAGGGCGGCUGCAUCUACCGCGACAACCGCCUGGUGAACUGGUGCUGCCGCCUCAAGACCGCCGUGUCCGACAUUGAGGUGGACUACAUCGACAUCCCAAAGCGAACGCUGAUGAACGUGCCCGGCUACGCCGAGCCGGUGGAGUUUGGGCUGCUGACGUCGUUCGCCUACCCGCUGGAGGACGGGUCGGGGGAGAUCGUGGUGGCCACCACCCGCCCCGAGACCAUGCUGGGAGACACGGCCGUGGCGGUACACCCCGAGGACCCGCGCUACACGUCCAUGCACGGCAAGUUCGUGGUGCACCCGGUGUCGGGCCGCCGCAUCCCCAUCAUCUGCGACGCCGAGCUGGUGGACAUGGCCUUCGGUACCGGCGCCGUCAAGGUGACCCCGGCGCACGACCCCAACGACUUCACCACCGGCAAGCGCCACAGCCUGGAGUUCAUCAACAUCUUUGACGACAACGGACUCAUCAACGCGCAGGGCGGCCCCUUCGAGGGCCAGCCGCGCUUCAAGGCUCGUGUGACAGUGGUUGACAUGCUCAAGGAGAAGGGGCUGUUCCGCGGCACCAGCGACAACCCCAUGCGCCUGGGGCUGUGCAGCCGCUCCAAGGACGUGAUUGAGCCUGUGCUGAAGCCGCAGUGGUGGGUGAGCUGCAAGGACAUGGCGGCCGCCUCCUGCCAGGCCGUGCGCGACGGAAGCCUGGAGAUCAUCCCCAAGGAGUUUGAGGCGACGUGGUUCCGCUGGCUGGAGAACAUCCGCGACUGGUGCAUCAGCCGCCAGCUGUGGUGGGGGCACCGCAUCCCCGCCUACUACGUCGUGUUCGAGGGCGAGGACGACAAGGCCAGCGGGCGGCCGGGCAUGCCCAGUGAGGACAUGGGCCGCUGGGUGGUGGGGCGGACCAAGGAGGAGGCGGAGGCGGCGGCGCGCGCCAAGUACCCGGACCGGGCCGGGGCAAUCAAGCUGGUGCAGGACGAGGACGUGCUGGACACCUGGUUCAGCUCCGGGCUGUUCCCCUUCUCCGUGUUCGGCUGGCCCGAGGGCACCCCCGACCUGGACAAGUUCUACCCCACCAGCCUGCUGGAGACCGGGCACGACAUCCUGUUCUUCUGGGUGGCUCGCAUGGUGAUGAUGGGCAUCCAGCUGACGGGCAAGGUGCCCUUCAAGCAGGUCUACCUGCACGCCAUGGUCCGCGACGCACACGGCCGCAAGAUGUCCAAGUCGCUGGGCAACGUGAUUGACCCGCUGCACGUGAUCGAGGGCAUCAGCCUGCAGGGGCUGCACGACACGCUGGCGGGCGGCAACCUGGACCCCAAGGAGGUGGAGCGCGCCAAGUCCGGGCAGCAGGCGGACUUCCCGGAGGGCAUUGAGGAGUGCGGCACGGACGCGCUGCGGUUCGCGCUGUGCGCCUACACCGCGCAGGCCCGCGACAUCAACCUGGACAUCAAGCGCGUGGUGGCGUACCGGCACUGGUGCAACAAGCUGUGGAACGCCAUCAAGUUCGCAAUGAUGAACCUGGGCGAGGGCUUUGCGGCGCCCGAGCGGCCGCUGGACGCCGAGGCGCCCGGCUUCCCGCCCGCCUGCCGCUGGGUGCUCAGCCGCCUCAACGUCGCCGUGACCAGCAUGGUGCAGGCCAUGGAGGCCUACGACUUCGCCACCGCCACCCAGCGCGCGUACGCCUUCUGGCAAAACGAGGUGUGCGACGUGUUCAUUGAGGUCAUGAAGCCCGUCAUGGCCUUUGACGACGCCGACCCCAAGGCGGCGGAGAUCAAGAAGCUGACGCGGCAGACGCUGUGGACGUGCCUGGACUCGGGCCUGCGCCUGCUGCACCCCUUCAUGCCCUUUGUCACGGAGGAGCUGUGGCAGCGCCUGCCGCGCAGCCCGCAGCUGGCCCAGUACGCCAGCAUCAUGCUGGCGCCCUACCCCACCCCCACCGCCGGCUGGGACGCGCCCGCCGCCGAGCGCGCCAUGGAGUACGCGCUGGCCAUCGUGUCCACCUGCCGCCGCCUGCGCAACGACUACGGCAUCACCAAGCAGAAGCCGCACAUCUACGUCGCCGUCACGGACGCGGACAAGGCCGCCGCGCUGCGCUCCCUGAGCCUGGAGGUGGCCACGCUCAGCAGCAGCAGCGCCGUCACGCUGCUGGCGGCGGGCGAGGCGGCGCCGCUGGGCUGCUCCGUGGCCAUCGUGGACGAGGCCACCACGCUGCACAUGCUGCUCAAGGGCAUCCUGGACCCGGCGCUGGAAAUUGCCAAGCUGGACAAGAAGUCCGCCGAGCUGAUUGGGCGGCUGGAGGCGCUGAAGAAGAAGAUGACCUCGCCCGCCUACGAGAAGACGCCCGACGACGUCAAGGCCGCGGACGCCGAGCGCCUGGCCAAGGCGGAGGCGGAGCUGGCGCAGGCGGAGGCGGCCACCACCGCCAUGAAGGCGCUGCUGGCGGCGUCGUAGGGAGGAGGAGCUGGGGAGGGAGGGGCUGGGGAGGGAGGAGGAGGAGGAGGAGGAGGUGGGGGAGGUGGGGGAGGUGGAGGUGUGUGUGUGGAGGUGGGGGAGGCGGAGGUGGGGGAGGUGGGGGGGGGGGCGAGGUGGCGCUGUAGUGGAGGUGGAGGUGGAGAUGGGAGGACUGGAGCGUGGGGAUGAGGCGGAGACGGCAGUGGUGACUGAUGACUGAAGCAGCACGGGCGUAGAGAGCCUUGGGGUGUAGAGGGUAACCACGCGAGGGGUGAGAGGGGUUAGCAGGCUAGCAGUGGCGUGAUGAGUGAUACGGGCUGAGAGAAGUGCAAGUGCUGUAGGAAAGGCGGGCGCUGCCGUGAGCGAGUUUGCUUUACUGGCGUAUGUGCAUGGGCGGUGUCGGCGUGCGGGCGCGGCAACUGCUGCAACGCGCGAGUGAAAAUGUUGGAAACUCGGACGACUGAACACCAGUUCCGGGUAGAUGCAGGGCUAAGGCUGGGCCGCUAGGCUGGGGCGUUCGGACCUCUGCUGACCUCCCGUGUGUCGGAUGCGUGUGAAGGAUGUCGGGGGCUGGGCACCGGGCACUCGAGCUCGCGCUGACCGUGUAAGCCUGUCCAGAC